CUCGAUAGUGGGCAAUGAGAUGGCAGACUCUCUGGCAAAGGUGGGGGCGAUGGAAGACGACACGUAUUAACGUGCCACCGUCUUCAACGAAUUUUACUAUUUGAUUCGAAGAAACUCUCUUGUCAACUGGCAGCGCAAAUGGGAAUAUGAUGAGUCCGCUCGAUUAUUCCAAAGGUACAAACCCGCCACAUAAAAUUUAGAUCCUAGAAUAAGAAUUCGAAUUCUGAACCAUUUCUUCAUUAUUCAUCAUAAACUUUUAAAGCACAGGAAUAGAGUUCAAUUAAAUUUUAUUGCAUACAAUUUUCUAAUUUAAAAUCUUAUGUCCGACGUCUGUGAUCCAUACUAUUCUCGUGGAAACAGAUCUUCUUUCUCGCCGUUUAUUGAAUGCGAAAAAAAUAUCAACAGGAUUGUAAUUUUAUCGACCAUUGCGAAAAACUUCACAACUGGAUGAAGCAUUCAGAAUAGGUACGUCACAUUUCCGCGAUGGAUUGGUGGAGGAAGAAGAAAAAAAAAAUAAAAAUUCCAGUCAUCAAUCAAUCAAUCAUAAAAUCUUCUAUCAACAUGCCUUGAAUGACCAGCCGAAAAUCAUCAAGCAAGUAGGUAGCAAGACAGCGACAGCAGUGCAGUGACUAUCGCGUAAAUACAAUAUACAUACGCGUAUACAUCCUUACACAUCGACAGAGCACGUGUACUCGCUCGUUUGGUGCUCCGCGUAUGAAUGUUCGCGUUCGCGUUCGAAUCGCGUUUUGGAAAAUCAUUUCCGCGUGACGUCACUUGAACGAAAUGAAGAGCGGAAAAUUAAACAAACACACAGUCACAUCACAACCCAUGAAUCGACGGCUGUUGAGCUGAGUGCUGCUCUGCUAGUAGAGGUGCCAUGUCAUAUUGAAACGACCAUGCGUGUUGGUGAGAUCGUUCCGUUACCAUCCCAUGGCUGGCAUUCAUGGCAGCGAGCAGCACCACAUCCACAGGCAAGUCAGCUAGUCAACAGCAACAGCAGGAGGAACCUGAAAGAAUGUGAACAAAUCCGAACUUGGAUGGAAUCAGCCGUCAGAAAUCAUUCGUAGCCCGUUCGUCGGUUGAUGUGCACACGCGUAGUUUGUGCUCUUAUUUGUGUGCCUCCUGAAGUCGCCUUUUUUGUACCUUAUUGGAUUGAUAUAUACAACAAACAAGAUUUCCGACUGGUAGUUUUGGAUAUCGCUACUGCUUUUCGUCGGUCAAAUGAAGAGUUCUGUUGUUUGUUUUGGUACGGAAACAGCAUUUAACAACUAUUUCUGGAUAGUGAUUCACUCCCACGGAUGAGUGUGAUUGGAAAGCCUAAAAAACGCCAGAACCACACAUACGGAUUAUUUAGCAACCAAAACCUGUAACCGUUUAUCCAGCUAGCUAGGUCGCAUUAGCGUAAUGUAAAAUAAAAGGGGGAAACGUAAUACAAGUGAUAUACGCGAGUGAAAUCAAGUGCUGUUACUGUGUCGAUCAACUUUUUAACAUAUACAACACCGAAGAAUUAUUGGGUCGGAGAGGUUUUUUUUUAUUCAAAUGGAAAAUACAUAAAUCGGCUCGAUAGUGAAGCAAGUUUACAUAAAAGGUGAUUCGAGUUGAUUUGAGUAUCAAAAAGAAACUGGAUCAACUCAGUAGGUGCAAGUUAUAAGUAUCUUCCAUAAUAAAAGCGAGUAAAAAUGAUUCAUCAUAAUCAGAGCCUAUUUUGAGAUAAUUUAUCAUCAGAAAAGUGAGGAAAGCCACAUAACAACUCAUUUACCCCGGGUGAAUGACAAUCUGAAGUGCUACAGUGCCGAGAUCAUUGUUAAGUACUGAUGCUUAAUACCUGCCCGCUAAAUACUCAUAAGUAGCGCAAAAAUAGUUAGCCGAUUCGGUCACCUUCGUGACGAAACACCGAGUGAGCCUGAGCAACCGCUACGACGCGAACAGUCAACACACGCGAGGUGAAACUCUCUGUCUACUACUUGGUCGAUCAUCGUUCUGUUACCUGUCAAAAUUAUCACCAAUAAUCAGUCAUCGUCGUCACCAGGCGUCGCCUCACGCUCGCACAAAUCACCGUCUCCGGCGCGGGCGGAGUCGGCAGGAGCCUCCAAAACGUCCUCAACCAAAAUGAGAAUAAAGCGUGAAUCAACCUGCCUAGGAUUACGGCUGAUGCCAACCGCCAAGCUUGCAAUUCACAACCCGCACAAACGCCAUAAAGACACCUGCGAUGAUUCAUCGAUCUCAACUGAAAGUCGGAUCCCGCUGGCAAGGAGCUGUUCCAGUCCGGCUGUAUCGUACGAUAUCGAAACGCAUCCAGCCUCGCCCGUGUUCCCCCAUCUGCUAUUAGGCAACGGACGGGACGCGAUCGACCCCUCCACGGUAGGCGCCAACUGUGUCCUGAACGUCACCUGCCAGCAACCGGCCUCCAGCCAGCUCAAGCCGGGACUCAAGUACAAACAGAUACCCGCCAGCGAUACACCUCACCAGAACAUCAAGCAGUACUUCCAGGAGGCAUUCGAAUUCAUCGAGGAAGCCCGGAAAAAGGGUUCCACCGUACUGCUGCAUUGUCAGGCAGGGAUUAGCCGUAGUGCAACAAUCGCCAUCGCCUACGUUAUGCGAUACAAGGCCGUGUCCCUUCUGGAAGCUUACCAGAUGGUCAAAAUGGCGCGUCCAAUCAUCUCACCUAACCUCAACUUCAUGGGUCAGCUGCUGGAACUGGAACAGACGCUUAUCGCGGAUGGUAAGCUGGAACCACCGCCCCCGUCACCAGUUGCUCCGCCUCCUAGUCAGCCACCGUUCUUCCUUAUCAACAACUGCAGCAAGUUCAAUCAGCACGACGAAGAGAUGGACGCUGAAGAGGAUGACGAGGACAAUAAGAACAACAACCGGGACAGUGGCUACAGCACCGCGAGCUCCAGUAGCACCGCCAGCAGCAGUAGCAAUAGAAGCAGCACCAGCUCCAGCAGCAAUAGAAAUAGCUACAGCCAUUCCUUCGCUCGAUGCCCGCCACGGUUAACCCUCAAACUACCGACUUCCCCGCCUUCAUCGCCAUCAUCGCUAUCUUCACCGUCGUCCCUUUCUUCCUCAUCCUCGACACCCUCGCCCACCCACUCGCUAGCACAAGUUCCUGCGACACCAGUCAGCAUCAAUUCUCCACAUGCGUUUCCAAAAAGUGGUUCCAGCAGCUCGCAGCCAGUAUCAUCAUCCAACAAACGUUCAUGAUUAAGCUAGUUAUCCAUCUCGUCCGCUCUUUAUUACAAUCUUAAAUACGUGUGAUACAAAACUAUUUUUAAAAAAGAAAAACAAUAAUCUAUUUAUAUCUAACUAACAAAUCUGUACAUAAUAGGUAUAAAACAGCGCUUUCGGUUUGUUGACUUUUCAAAUAUACCAUUUUUCAAAAUUUUCUAUUUAAAGAAUCAUCCCAUAUCAUGCAUCAUUACUAUAGGUUGAAAAUCACGAAACAUAUGUUGAAAGAUUUAUACUACUAGCUCAUCAAAAGCAAGACGUUGCAUUUAGCGUCAAAAGCUUAGCCACCUACCAAAUCGUUCGUCAUCUACCCUUACCGUUAUCCUUUAUGAAUCAACUCUAAAAAGAAACAAAAAAAACUGAAAUCAUCUUGCACCCAUCGAACGAAAUUCAGCCAUUAAAACCCACAUAUAAUUUAAAAAAAAAAUACAAAAAACUAUGCAGAAAACCAAUUCUAGUCUCAUAAUUUUUUUAAGGUUCUGCUAUGCCAACUGUAACAAUAGGAGCUUGUAACAUUAUAUUGAAUUAAAAACUCUAGCUUUAUAGAUAGAUUUAUAGUUUAGAGAGUAUCCAUUUGUCUAGAGAAAAUAUAACCUUGGCAUUCGGGAGAAAAAAAUUCCCCUGUCCCCACACCGAUAAACACCAACAAAGGCUUUUGUUUUUGUUUUCCGAAGUUGCAAAAAUGUUUUAAAGCGAAACAUUUCUACCAAAAAGGCUGUGUUAAAUUUUAUCUACCCUGUGUAAAAAGAAAAACAAACUUACUAGAAAGCUGUACUGAGAACAAUAAUGCUAAAUAAAAACAAUAUUUUUCAUCAACACAUAAUUUUAACCCAACACAGAAGUGGCAUAUCCCAAGCACCGUUUCAAUAUUUUUCAACUUUCAUUUGAAGCAGUUUCAAUACGGCACAAGUUAUCUACUGCACGAGCAGACACUAAAACAAGCGGUUUAUUUUAACAACUGCUCUUAAAACUUUUGUUUAGCUAAUUAUCACUGUUAUCAACAAUUGUGGAGACAAAAUCAGAUUGAUAGACAAACACUAUUUAUUAAAAAGAAAUAAAAAAUUACAAAAUAUGUAGAAACUUUUUUUUUGGUUCUUUACAUUACAUGUUUAAAUUAUUUCACGAGUAGCUCCUGAGAUCAUACAUUCACUAAAACUGAGAGUCCAGCACUCAAAAAUAUUACACAAAAUAUAUGCGUACAAAAGUUG